CCGACUGUUGACCCGUUGAAUUACGCCAACACGCCCACUCACCCCUGCACCACCUCACCCAUUUCCCAUGAUCCCCUGAAAAUCGGUCGUCCAGACUGUAGCCGCAGCCACAAUUCCCCCCUCCCUCUCGUCCCUGAAUUAUUUAAUAUCCAUCACUUUACUAUAUUAUCCCGGUUUGCAUCUUAUCAAAGCAUCACUCACAUCACUCACAUCACUCACUCAAUCGCGAAACCCAAAACCCAUCGCUCAAUCAAUCUUCCGAACCCGGCAUCAACCAACCAACCUUCCGAUAUCCCCCAUCCGGACCCGAAACUCUUGGCUUCCCUGUCCGUUAUCAAGCGCUACUCGGUUAUAUCUCCCAGCGUCGUUCCCCGUUCACGACAUCUCCUUUCCGCGACGAAGCAUCCCGUCUUCCUUGGUCAGGACCCCCUAAACGCAACAGAUCCGCCAGCAUGUCCGUCGCCCUCGUCGAGACUCAGCCUCCCAAGCUGGAGAAGAAGCCCGUCAAGUUCAGCAACCUGCUCCUCGGAGCAGGCCUGAAUCUUUUCGAGGUGACAACUCUCGGCCAGCCAUUGGAGGUCACCAAGACCACCAUGGCCGCCAACCGCGGUGACACCUUCGCCGGCGCCCUGGGCCGCAUCUGGGGCCGAGGCGGUGUCUUUGGCUUCUACCAAGGUCUCAUCCCCUGGGCCUGGAUCGAAGCCUCCACCAAAGGCGCCGUCCUCCUCUUCGUCGCCUCCGAAGCCGAAUACUACGCCCGCACCUUCGGCGCCGGCGACUUCACCGCCGGCAUCAGCGGCGGCGUCGCCGGCGGCGUCGCGCAGGCCUACGCCACCAUGGGCUUCUGCACCUGCAUGAAGACCGUGGAGAUCACCAAGACCAAGCUUGCCGCCACGGGCGUCGCGCCCCAAUCCACCUUCGCCACCUUCGCGGACAUCUACCGCAAGGAGGGCAUCAAGGGUAUCAACAAGGGCGUCAACGCCGUGGCGAUCCGGCAGAUGACGAACUGGGGGUCCCGUUUCGGACUUUCGCGUCUUGCCGAGUCCGGGAUUCGCAAGGCGACGGGGAAGGAGGAGGGCGCUGCGCUGGGGGCGUGGGAGAAGAUCCUGGCGAGUGGGCUGGGUGGUGGACUGUCGGCGUGGAAUCAGCCGAUUGAGGUUAUUCGCGUGGAGAUGCAGAGUAAGACUGCGGAUCCGAAUAGGCCGAAGAACUUGACGGUGGGGAAGACGUUUAGCUAUAUUUACUCGCAGAAUGGGAUUAAGGGACUUUAUCGUGGCGUGGUGCCGCGUAUUGGGUUGGGCGUUUGGCAGACGAUUUGUAUGGUUGCUAUGGGUGAUAUGGCCAAGAGCUAUGUCGAGAAACUCACGGGCGACUCGGUCUCAGCGAAGCAUUAGACGGCGUUUUGUGGGAUCUAAACAAUCCAUCAUACAUGGGAGCAUACGUCGCAAGACGAAUUGUCACGAUAGGUUCUAGCGCGCAAAAGAAACAGGACGGAACGGGAUUGGCUUCUUUUUUUUUUCUUCCCGUUUUAUUACAAGUUGUAGUUACAGAGAUGGGAUAGGGACCUCGAUUGAUAGAGUGUAGAACGUGCACACCUUUGCACCUUCAUCUCUUGUCUUCCUUGCAUGUGUACGUCCUCGUCAUCCAUCCCUCGGCACCAAAACGCACCCUCCCUACCCCAAGUGACCAUCUUCUACUCCCCAGCAUACCGUACCU